AUCUGAACUAGAAGGAAGUGGUUGCACGCUCGGAUUUUCUCCAUACGCCUGGAACGCAGGGAUAUUUGCUCUUUUUACAAAGUAAAAUAAGAUUUGACUUACAAAUGGUGCCACAACUAAUCAAGGAUACUAUGUAAUUGGGUCCCCAUGAUGUCAAGGAGAGUUAUGGUGGCUUUAGUCCAGUUCCCUGAAUAAAGCAGCCAGCAUGGCCGACAACAAAGGGAUACGGAGGCUGUCCAAGUGGUUGGACUAUGGCAGUAUCAACGGGGAAGAACAGUGGGACUCAUGUCCUACUUGCCAGGGGACAGGAAGGAUACCUCGAGGUCAGGAGGCCCAACUGGUGGCAGUCAUUCCAUGUAGUGACCAAAGGCUAAAGCCUCGUCAUACGAAGCUGUAUGUGUGCUUGUCUGUGCUUCUGUGCCUUCUGAUUUGUUCGCUGAUACUGUUCUUCCUGUUUCCUCGGAGCAUUGAGGUGUCCACCAUCACCCUCCAAUCUUCAGUGAUCUAUUUUACACCAAAUAAUGUUGAGAUGAUUAUCACAAAUAAACUAAACCUCAGCAAUCAAAACUUUGUCACUGUCCAAGCUCAUGACCUGGAACUGCAAGCUUUGAUUUACGAGACUGUGGUGGGAAAGACCAAAAUGCCAAACGUAACUACACUUCUCCCACGCUCAGAGAAAACGUUCACCGUUGUGACUAACAUCACCAUUGAGGAUCCUGGUCUGAAUGCCUACUGCAAGUCAGGUUCUAUCCAGAUCCACACUUUGUUUUUGCAUUUACAAAUGACUAUAAGAGUGUCUUACUUGUCUCAUGGGGAGCAGCUGUCUAUGGAUACCUAUGAGUAUAUUGACUGUGGGACAAACUCUACAGUUCCACAUUCCUUUCCACAGCUUCACUGACAUACCAGGUUACAAAGACAAACAAGAAGUAUUCAAAGAAAGGAAAAGGACUUUUCAAUUCAUUAAGUUUUGUUUACACAUUUGUUCUUUCUUGAGUUUAGCAGUCGCAUGCUCUGCAUAAUUUUAAGAGUUGAUCAUACUAUUUUCUGCCUUAACCGAAACUAAUAAAAUGUCAUGAUUAUCUUAACGAUUUGUCAGUGCUGAGUGAACUGUACACAUCAGUGAAUAGGAUGUAUUGCAGGUUAUGCAUUCUGCUGUUUACUUUGAUUUGCACUUUAAAAUAAACUGGCUAAGAACCA